AUGUCUCUAGCGGAGGAGCUGUUGGCUGAUCUAGGAAGCGACGAUGAUGAUUUCGAAUCCCAGAUUGAGGCAUACAAUAAUGGCGAAGAUGAAGAUAUGGUGGAUGCUGUUGAAACCAAUGGCUCGUUUUCACAGGAACCAACACAUACAAAUCCCGAAGAGUACGCCAAUGCCAAAGAAGUAGCGGCCCGGAUGGACCUGAAAGGUAAAGAUGUAAAACAAUUAUCGAAUUUAAUGACAAAAUUGGAACCAAUUCUCGCUAGAAUAGAUGCGUCUCCUAUGCCCGAUAAGGAGUCAUCAAACUCGUCAUUUUCAACAAUAGAGGCCAACCCUAUAUAUCAAUUGCUAGUAGAAGCGAAUGAAUAUUCGGUAGAGAUUGACAACGAAAUAGCUGUUGUUCACGAAUUCAUUAAAGAAAAUUACUCAAAAAGGUUUGAUGAGUUGGGGUCCUUGGUACCUAAUGCUAUCGACUAUGCCAAGACUGUGAAAGCCAUUGGAAACGAUUUAGCCAAAUUAGACAACGAACUAAAAAGUAAAUUGGGAGAAUUUCUCACGGGUGCAACACUAAUGAUUAUUACAAUGUCUGCUUUUGAGAACCAUGGAAAGCCACUCUCGGAGUAUGAGUUAGACCAGGUAAAUCAAGCCUGUGAUUUACUUCUCAAGCUUGAUGACGCGAAAAAUAAAAUUACAAAUUUUGUUUCUGAACGCUUAUCAAUAUUUGCUCCUAAUCUCACUCAGAUUAUUUCUUCACAUACUGCAGCCCAGCUCAUGGGAUUUGCAGGAGGGUUGAGUGGGUUGGCAAAGACACCGUCGGCGAAUAUUCCAAGUUUGGGUUCUAAGCGUCGCGUGGCAAUGGGAUUUGGCCACAUUGGCAUAAGGCAACAGGGUUUCUUGUAUCAUAGUGAUCUUAUUCAAUCGGCUCCUGCCGAGAUUAGAAAACAGGCUAUGAGAAUUGUGUCUGGCAGAUUAGUCCUUGCGGCUAGAGUGGAUUUAGUUCAUUCAUCUAUAGAUGGAUCUCAAGGGAAAAAGUGGAGAGAGGAAAUCAAUGAAAGGCUAGAAAAGCUUGUAGAACCUCCAGAAAAUAAAGGUACAAAGGCUCUUCGCCUUCCUGAAGACAAACCCUCGAAGAAACGUGGAGGGCGAAGGAUCCGCAAAUAUAAAGAACAGUUUAAGCAAACGGAGCUUCAAAAAGCACAAAAUAGGAUGGCUUUCGGAAAAGAAGAAGAGGAAGUCGGGGCUUAUGAUGAAUCUAUUGGUCUAGGAAUGGCUGGUACAAGUGGUUCAAGUGGACAAGUGAGGUCACUUGCCGUUGACAGCAAGACUCGAGCAAAGAUUUCGAAGGGUAUGCAAUCUCGCUUGAACAACGUUACUCAAGGUAAGCCUCAGGGCGGAAUGUCGUCAUCUCUUCAUAGACUAAAAUCGGUUUCACAGCAAAGUGGAUUGGCUUCCUCGCUUUCAUUUACACCUGUUCAAGGAAUAGAGCUAGUAGACCCAGGUAAGCUGGUCAAGCCAAAUAGUGUAGGAGGCGAUAGUGAUCGGUGGUUCAAAAGUGGGACAUUCACACAAAUCAAACCAAGUUCUGGCUUACAUCUGGGACCUGGCACAAAUCCAAGCGACAGCACUCUGCCUAUGGCCCCUCCAAGCAAGCGAAAACGAACAAACGAUCUUCCUUCAGUUGAAACCAAAAAGCCUAAGCCUAAUUAA